AUGGUGGCAACUGAUGAAAUUCAACAAGCAGUUGAAAGUUUCUUUCUUCUGUUCAAUGGGGUUAUUGUUUUUCUAAUGAGUUGUGGCUACACACUUAUCGAAUCAGGUGGUGUUCGCAGUCAAAAUGCAGGUCACAGUCUUUUUAAAACACUUGUGAUCUUCAUUUCAUCGGCAUUGGCUUAUUGGAUUAUUGGUUAUCCGUUCGCUUUUGGUGGAUAUCCCAAUGUUAUCUUAGGCACACGAUUUUGGGCAAGUGAACAAUUCGGGGCAUUGUAUAAUCGUCCAGGCGUAGAUAAUUUCACCAAUUCGAAUAAUCUCUAUAAUUUGAAUAAUCAAGAUCCUUACAUUCAUUUCUUUUAUCAAUAUAUGAUUACGUUUCUUGUAACAAAUAUUGCUGCGAGUGCAUUUGCUGAACGAUGUCAAAUUAUCGUUUAUGCACUCUUCUCAAUUUUGAUGGCUGGUUUUGUUUACCCAUUCCUUGCACAUUGGAUGUGGGGUGCAAAUGGUUGGCUUGGCUAUGUUGUCGGCGCACGGGAUUAUGGUGGCAGUGCAAUCAUUUAUUUAACAGCAGGUGUAGCGGCUUUGAUUGGUACAAUCUUUCUUGGGCCACGUUUUGGUCGAUUUGAGCCACGAACAUUACCUCUAUUUGGUCACAGUAUUCCUAUCACAUCGGUUGGUGCAAUUCUUGUUGCAUUUGGCUUUUUCGUACUCAAUUCAGGCGCCGAUCAUCGUAUUUCAGGUGUAGCCUAUGGUGAUCGUGUAGGACACGGUCUGAUCAAUACAGUUCUAUCGGGUGCAACAUCGGGAGCAGCUUAUUAUUUAUUACAACGUCUUAUUGAAACAUUCGCAAAACCUACCCGUCAUCUUAAACGACGUGUGUUUCUAUCGACUGUAAACUCUAUUAUUGCUGGAAUGGUUGCCGUUGCUGGUGGAGCUAUUAUUUACAAUCCAUGGUCUGCAAUAGUCAUUGGUUUCAUUGCUGCAUUGAGCUUCUUGUUAUGGAGCAAAUUAUUGAUUAAACUUCAUGUUGAUGAUCCUGUCGAAACCGCAGCUGUUCACAUUGGUGGAGGUCUAUGGGGCAUUUUUGCUGUACCAAUCUUUCGGCGAACAAUCGAAGCUCAAGCUGAUGGCAGUUUUGCAAAUAAUACUUUCUCAAUUAUUUAUCGAAUCACUCUUGGAGAAAGUUGGCGGGGAUUACUCAAUUCAUUAUGUACUGCAGCAGUCGUCAUGGCUUGGACAGCUAUCUUUGUUGCUAUUCUCUUCCUAGUGCUUAAAUUACUUCGUUUACUUAAAGUUUCUAAUGAAGAAGAAUUACGAGGUAUUGAUCUGUUCCAACAUGGAGAACCAGCUUACGCACUUCGUAUCUAUUGUGCUGCAUGUGGUGAACAAUUACAAGGUAAAACAAUUGAACAUGAAACAGUUGGUGUUCGACCCAAUUUUCCAACUAUCGUCACUGACGCCGAAGGAGCCAUCGUCCCUAUCGAAUAUUUCAGUGACCGAAAUGGUUCCAAUGGCAAUCUUAAUGGAUCGAAACUCACAUCACUAAACGAAGAAAAUCGUGUCUGA